UGUAAAUUUAAAAUUCAAGCUUCAAAUCUUUAUGUCUACCCUUGUAUAAAUUAUAAAGGAUUCUUUUUCUCCUCGGUCUCUUUGAAUGCAAAGGUAGAAAAUAGAUGUGGAAUGAUUUUUUAUGCUAUCAGACAAAGUCAGCCAUUUGAAAGCGGACGCGUUCAUCUUUGGACCGAUCCCAUGUGUACUCCUCGAGCUCUCCCAGCAUGAACACGUACUUCCCCAGUCAACGUGUGGAUCCGCAUCACAACGAGCUCACCGCUUCACAAGCUUUAUAUGCCAUGAACAUAACGAAGCCCUUGACACGUUCUUGACAGUCUGCAACCCAGAGAUCGGUGUGGAGCGUGCGUGCAACAAGUGCCACCAUGGCGUCCACCCAUGUCGACGUUCCCGGUAAGCCCACCGAGACUGGCACCGCCCUCCUGGAGACGGCCGCCGCUGCCAUCCAAGGCUUCGAUCCCCUCAACAAGAUCCACCAACACCUCUGCGCUUUCCACUUCUACGGGGACGACAUGACGCGGCAGGUGGAAGCACACCACUUCUGCUCGCACCAGAACGAGGAGAUGCGGCAGUGCCUGAUCUACGACGGCGAGGGGCCGCGUGCGAAGUUGAUCGGCGUGGAGUACAUUGUGUCGGAGAAGCUGUUCCUGGCGCUGCCCGACGACGAGAAGCCGCUGUGGCACUCCCACGAGUACGAGGUGAAGAGCGGGAUGCUGUUCAUGCCGCAGGUGCCCGGCGCCGUCCAGCGACCGGACAUGGAGCAGGUCUGCAAGACAUACGGCAAGACUUACCAUUUCUGGCAGGUGGACCGCGGCGAUGAGUUCCCGCUCGGCCUUCCCCAGCUCAUGAUGGCGUUCACCCGAGACGGGCAGCUGCGACAGGAAUUAGCCAAAGAUAUCGAACGCCGGUACGAGAUCUCUUUUGAGGAGGAGAGGGAGAAGAGGAGGUACAUGGCAGGUCCAGAUCAUGGAAUUCACCCACUGGCUAAUGGACCAGGGAAAGGGCGGAGAUUGGAGCUGAGAGAGGUCGAUGUUCCUCCGGUUGGCUCUGUGCCAAGAGCCUUCAUUUGAUAUGAAUGAUAACUUGUUGGAGUCAGUAAUCAUCGGUCUAAGUUACUACAUACCUACAGUUUCUUGUUGGUGUAGUCAAAUAUUUUGGUCUACUUGUACAGUUGGGAAUAAAAGUGCAUGCUUUCAGAGAAAAUAGUGAGGCGAUCUUGGUAAGAUGAUGAAGAUUUUUUAGCUAUCAAACCUCAAUUAUAAUGUCAAAAGAAUAGCAAACAUGGUUUAUAUUCUUAUUUUCUAUCAAUCAUUGAUUGUUUUCACUUGAUUUAUUUUUUUUGUAUUAAAUGAAUUA